GCGAGGCCAACAAGUGCAGAUGAAGAAGACUACAGUGAAUUAGCAAUCAUUGCCCCAACUUUCCCAGGAGAAGAAGCUGAAGAUAAUGAUGAUUUCUCUAUUGUGUCUAGAGAGAAAAGUUACAUCGAUGUAGCUACUAAUUUUUUUAAAGUAUCACACCCCCCUAUUAGAAUUGGCUCUUUACUGGUUAUAAACUAUUUCCAAGCUUUGAAAUCUAAUGAGGGUAUCUUCAUUGAAAUAAUUAAAAGCCCUCGAUGUAGUAGCUUUUAUCAUUCAAAUAUCCUACACAAGACAAAGCACAUGCCUGACACUAUAUGGCCAUUGUCUGAUGAUGUUAUAUCACAGCAGAUAUUCAUGUAUUUAGAGGAAUUGACAGCGCUACAUUGCCCUCAUGGUAAUUUAAGAAAGGCAAUUGCGGUACAUUUGCUAUGGCCAGAGGCAAUGAUAACAUACAUUUCCAUGGAUAAAAAAAUUUCUAAAGAUGAUGCUACAAUGUUAUAUAAAGACAAAUUAGGAUUAAUUUAAUUGCAUGAUAGCAUGUCAAUUUUCGAUUAUUAAAGUUCU